AUGACUUCGCAAGAGGAAAACCACCCAGCCGUGACUGUUGCUGCCGUUGCUGCAGAUAGUGGAGCGGCCUCGACGGGGGACGGCAACUCCGCGUCGUGCAAGGCGGAUGCGGCGCAGCCGGCCGUCGCGUGCAAGGCUGCUGACAGGCAGGCGCCGCAGGAGGCGGCGCCGGAGCUCCCCGUCGCGUGUGCCGCUGACAACGCACACGACGCCGCGCGCGAGUCCUGGACCAACAGCGACGGCAGCGAGACGAACAGCAGCUACGACACCGCCGUAAGCGCCGCCACCGCCAAGCUUGAAGAGGCGCAGAAGAUGUACGAAAAAGCGGCGGCAAGUGUAGCGAACGGUCUCCCCUUGUGCAACGACUGGCUCCGCGCCCGCGACCUCUUCUUCGAGGCGGGUGCGCUCUUUGGCACCUGCGGCCACGCGGAUUCGGCUGCCAGGGCAUUCCUGCACGCAAGCGUCAUCGCUGACGCGUUCAAGAACGAGGGCGAGACGAUCUCGAUGCUGUCCAUGGCGGCGGAUAAUCUGCAAGUGGUACACCCCGCCUGCGCUGUGGAGGUGCUGAACUUUCUUUCCGCCUCCUUCGCAAAGAGCGGCCUCAUCAUUCAGGCGGCGCGUUGUAAGCGGGAGGCGGCGGAGCUGUUGGAGUACCGCCUCGAUAUGCCUGCCCAGGCGAUUGAGGCGUACAAGGCGGCAAUGCAGCUGUUCGGCACCCGCCCCGUCACAAAGUCCUUCUCCCGCAGCUGCAUGGAACGCAUCUGCGCGCUGACGGUCACGCAGAUGCGCUUCACGGAGGCGGCGGAGUUGUACCUGGAGGAGGCAAAGAUGGUGCAGAGGUCCCUCCCAAAGACGCGGCAGUUUCUCUACUGUUUGCUGUGUCUGCUUGCCGACGGCUGCGGCAACGAGGACCGCUACUUUGAUGCGCUGUACAUCACACGCAAGAAGUUUGACGCCCUGCAAGAGGAGGAAAAGAACUUCCAGCAGGGGAAAGAGUACGCCCUCGUACGGCACAUCAUCGAGGCAAACGACCACGGCUCCCUCAACGAGUUUGACGUCGCGGUGUUUACGUACAAGUCAUGCGCGACGUUCAAGCAAGACGCCGCCUUUGACGUACUCAUUGAGCGCUGCCGCGCCAACCUCUACGAGCAUCUGGAUCAAUACAUGUAA